AAAUAAAAAGUUUUCCAGAAUCUCUCGGCCCUCAUUUCAUUUAAGCGUUCGAUGGCCAUAAAUCCACGCGGCAUCGAAAGCGCACUUUCCCUCAAAACAAGUACGUCGAGGUCUAGGGAAACUCAGCAGGAUCGCGCGCGGAUGAGGAUUGAUGGGCGAUGGAUGGUGCUUGCGGCGGCGGUGUGGAUUCAGGCCUUUACGGGAACCAACUUCGACUUCUCCGCUUACUCAUCGGAGCUGAAGGCAGCGCUGGGGAUCUCACAAGUUCAACUAAGCUAUCUCGCCACCGCUUCAGACCUCGGCAAGGCUCUUGGUUGGUCUUCAGGGCUGGCGCUUAUCUACCUUCCUCUCCCACUGGUUCUCCUCCUCACCGCCGUCAUCGGCCUCGCUGCCUACGCCGUUCAGUGGCUCGUCAUCACGUCUCGCAUCUCCCUCCCUUACUUACCUGUGUUUCUGGUGUGCCUUCUGGCUGGAUGUAGCAUCUGCUGGUUCAACACCAUAUGCUUCGUGCUAUGCAUCAAAAACUUCCCGAUGAGCAGAGCAGUUGCACUCUCACUCACCAUCAGCUUCAAUGGCGUCAGCGCCGCCCUCUUUUCCCUCGUCGCCAAAACCCUUGGUUCCACCUCUUCCGUCUACUUGCUCCUCAACGCCACACUCCCACUCCUCGCCUCUGCUGCCUCUCUCCCCCCAAUCCUCCGCUAUCACCACCCUGUCAGCAGUACCACUGUCUCUCCCCAUGCGGCGACUGAUAACCGCAUCUUCCUCUGGCUCUUUGCCCUGGCUUUUGUCACCGGCCUCUAUCUACUCUUCAUCAACUCAGUCUCCACCACCGUCGUCAUUGCCUGCUUCCUUCUCGUCGGCGCUCUUUCUCUUCUCCUCUUUCCCCUCUGCAUCCCAUGCCUGGUCUGUUCCCAUUCUCAAGAAAGCAUCCAAACUCUCCAGCAACUCCACAAGCCUUUCAUUGACCAGCAGAGCAGCGCAGCAGCAGACGUUGUGGAAGAGGAUGACAUCUCCAGCAGGGAGGGAAGAGGGCCUUGGAAGUCGUGGUGGUGUUACUGCUGCUGCGAUCAACUGAUGGCCAUGGACCGGCUGUCUGGGCUGUCGGAGGAGCACGGCGUGAAGCAGCUCAUGCGCCGGGUUGACUUCUGGCUAUACUACUUGGUCUACUUGUGCGGCGCCACUGUGGGCUUGGUUUACAGCAAUAACUUGGGCCAGAUAGCGCAGUCACUUGGAAAAGAGUCUCAGACGACUACUCUGGUCACCGUCUAUUCUUCUUGCUCAUUCUUCGGCCGCCUUUUCUCAGCCGCCCCAGACUUUUUGACGGGGAAGGCACAUUUUGCGAGAACGGGGUGGCUAGUGGUGGCGCAGGUGCUGACACCGGUGGCGUUUUUCCUCUUGGCGGAGUCUGGUGAUGGGAAAGCACUACUUGCAGGCACGGCGCUAGUUGGCCUGAGCUCAGGCUUUGUUUUUGCAGCGGCGGUAUCCGUCACGUCGGAUCUCUUUGGGCCUAACAGCGUGGGCGUGAACCACAACAUCCUCAUCACCAACAUUCCCGUGGGUUCUCUCCUCUAUGGCGUUCUAGCAGCUCUUUACUAUGAUGCUAAUGGUGUCAUGAUCGGUGAUGGCAUGGUGGUGUGCAUGGGAAGGGAGUGUUACGCCAAAACGUUUGUCCUUUGGGGUUGCAUUUCUCUGUUUGGGCUGGCAUGCAGUGUGGUAUUAUAUUUGCGGACCCGUUUAGCAUACGAGUUCUCGGAUCGGAGAAGAUCGCCUGCAGCUCUAGUUGAUAGAGGGGCCAUUGACAAUGGAGUCGAUGGUUGACCCAAACAGAUAAUUAUAGAUGCACAUACAAAGGCCAUGUGCUCUGGCACAUUU